GAGUUUUGGAGUUGGGGACUGGAGUCCCUUCCAAAAUCGACCAUGUCAACGUAGAUUCGUUCUUUCUUCACCCAACUUGACCAGUGCGUCUUUCGACAAAGCCUCAACUCUCGACCUUGCCGCCCUCUGUAGGCCCUCACACCUCUGCGACCGCCGCCAGACAUCGCUCCAUACCGUCAGAUCCAGCCCUCGGCCCUGCCACCACUCCCUUUCUGCCAUUGCUACACCGCCAGCCGCCCGCGAUGAAGGAGUUACUCGACUCGGACAGAGUCAACUAUCUCAUUUGGAGAUACCUGCUCGAAGGCAACUUUCGAGAAACAGCUGCCAAGUUCCAGAAGGAGUGGCGUGUUGAGGCUCCCCACAGGCAUUUUGAGUUCGCGUCUCAUGUCAAGAACUACGCCCUCGUCUCUGUCCUCAACAAGGGCCUGAUCUACCACGGCCUCGAGCGGGACUUCGCACAACAACGGGUACCAGCCGACGCUGCGGCAACGCCCGACAAACCCCAGUUCGGAGUCUUUGGGCCCCUCGUACCACAGCACCCCAUUAGCUAUGAUGAGCUCGAGGACGAGAUCGAGGAAGAGCCGCCCCUGCCGGCGCCUCACCCACCGUCGGCUGCUGAUGAGGCCGACAAGUCGUCACUGAAGCGCCAGGUCGAUUCUCAGAGCCAGCUGGCAAAUGGGAAUGCCGCAAAGCGACCGAGAUUGGGCAAUGCCAACGGCCUCGAAAAUGGGGCGGAUGCAGCCACAAGCCCCAUGGAAAUCGAUCAGCACCAAUCCGACAACCACGCUUAUCCCUCCCCCCUGGAAGGCGAACAGGCCCCAACCCCAGCUCCCCGAACAGAGGGCCCGGAUCACGGUACUCAGACCGACAAGGUCGACGACCUCGAGGCCAAAACAGUUUAUUUGCGCCUUGCUCAUGAUGAUUCCUCCUCACUUGCAGCCACCCCGAUCGCCGACGUGUCACAUCCACGCGCUAGCCAGAACCCAAUCCUUCUGCAUUGCGAGUGGAACCCCAAGGACCCAUCCCGCCUGGCGGCUGCCGGGACUGACGCACUAGCCCGAGUUUGGACCGUUUCGCGUGCCACCGGUCCGGAGCAGGUGGCUGAUCACGUGGAUCCCGACUGGCCCUCCAUCAACCUUGUCACCGAUGACUUCCCACCCCAUUCCAAGGUCACCGUCAUGGCCUGGGGGUCCGAUGGUAAGGAGAUUGCCGUCGCUACGGACGACGGCCAGAAAGCCCGCGUCGACCUCUGGAAUCUCGACGGCAGACAGAUGCACACAUACACCGGUCUCGAGGCGCCCAUCGUCAAGCUGCGAUGCAACCCCGUCAACCGCAAGGUCCUGAGCAUCACGCCCAUCUCAAAUCCCUCAGGAGAGCCCACAGGCUGGAUGGUCACUGUCUUCCCCUCACCGACGUCAAGUCCUGUCGAAUACGAGCAUACUUUCCCACCGGACCAGGACGUCGAUGCCCAACAACCAGAUGCCGUCUGGGUCAACGACCAUGAGUUUUUGCUGAGCGUUGGGCAUAGGGUGCUCAGCAUGCGAUGCACGGAAACCGAAAUUGUCCAGUCUCAGGAGCUCUCGACAAGGACAGACGAUCCGUUAACACAGAUUCAGUACGACGGUACUGGACACUUUGCAGCGGCGACGCUGAAGGGUGACAUCGACAUUUGGGAUCCUGCCGGUGCCCGCCGAACUAUCCAUGGGGCCCACGAUGGCCAGAUCACGUUCCUGCAAUGGCAGCCGAUCCAAGGCCGGGCGUCUGACAGUGAGCUCUUGCUCGCUUCAGGUGGUGAAGAUGGCACAAUUGCGAUCUGGGAUGCCCGCUCGCCUGACAGCAGGCCCAAGCUUCAACGGACUAUUGACGACAACCCUGUCGUUGGUCUAUCUUUCACCCCGGACGGUGCCUUCUUUGCUGGCGCUACAAGAGACCGAAUUCUGAUAUUUAAGGCCGGCGAAUAUGCUUUUCCCCGGGCCGCGUGGAAACGAAGCCUGCCGCCUGGCGGGCUGAGCCCCAAGAUAAAUGGCUUGAAUGGUGAACCGGAAACAGAGGACCAACACUGCUUAAGCUGGGACGCGAACGGCCAAAGACUGGCAUUUGGCGUGAAUGGAUUGCUUGCUGUGGUAAAUUUUCGAUGACCACUAUGAACCCUGUUGGCUGGCCCAGGCCAAACACCGUUUCACGAAUAAAUUGAGGGAAAGGCCCAAUUAGGAUCCGUCGCCUGUCACACAGUGCGAUCGAUCCGUUGCUCCGUGGCGCUUUGGCGCGCAGGCAGGCACGACCAAGGAGCAUUACGCCAAGCGCCAGCCUUCAUAAAGCAGCAAGAGUGGUGCUGGUAUCAUGAUGAGCAUGGAUAUUACAAUGAAUCGCCACAAGCAUGUCAUGAUAAUAAUAUGGUUUCAGCCAAAAAUGAUGACCACGAUAUCUUGGAUACAAAGGGAAGGAAGAUCAGGCGGUUGGGGUCGACACACCAAGCACUGAUAUGCAUGGUAUCACACAUCGAUGAAGUGGAGCCUGGCCCACCGGCUCCGUGUAGUUUUAUGCGGGAAUUGGCGCGUGGAGGCGGGAUGAGCCACCAUGGCAACCGGCGUUGAGGAGUUAUCUUGCGUGUCUCGAAGCCGAGAACAAAAAAGGCAUCCGCUGGAUAUGAUGUGGGCAGGUUGGGACCCGCCAGGAAUAAAUCCCAUGUGAUGGGCUUGAGAUAUUCUGGAAUCAUACAAAACAUACAGAGAAAAUACAGAAUAGAAGUCUCGUUAGCGAUCUCAAUAUUUCGCCCAUUCCCGUUCCCGUCUCUACACC